AACAAUUCUAGAGCUCGCUCGCCGCUCGCUAGUUUCAAGCAGCUGCUAUGGAUGUUGUCGCUGCUCGUGAAAAGAUGAUCGCUCGCCGAUUUGGGGGCGCUCAACAGUCCCGAACUGGCGGCAAGGGUUCAAUCCGCAGGAAGAAAAAGACUGUGCACAAGACCGCGACUUCCGAUGACAAAAAGCUUGGGAGCACACUGAAAAAGCUCGGAGUAACGAACAUACCGGCCAUAGAAGAGGUCAAUCUGUUCACCGCGGAUGGUAAAGUAGUCCACUUCUCAAACCCGAAAGUGCAAGCAUCGAUUGCGGCCAAUACAUACGUAGUCAGUGGUCCAAAUGAAAGUAAACAACUUACGGAAUUGUUGCCUGGUAUCAUGAAUCAGCUUGGACCGGAUAAUAUUAACCACCUCAAGCAGAUUGCUGACAGCAUGUCACUUGGUAGUGGCAAUGCGCAGGAAUCAGCUGCCGUUGGGGCGGGGGCCGUCGGGAUUGACGAUGAUGAUGACGACGUGCCGGACCUUGUAGAGAACUUUGAAGAUGUUAGCAAAAUGUGAUUUCCCAGGCCCGCUGCAAUUUCGCAGAUAUAUAUAAGCCAUCUUCAGGGUGGCCUCCCAUGAAUAGAAUACAGCGCAGUGCGUGGUUCGCCCCCCGAGCCCCGACAAGCCCCCAGCUGUGAAUCGAGCGCAGAGCACCAUAGCACGCCGCUGCUAGCGCGACGGCGACGUUCGAAGUGAUGAGGGAAUUCGGAUGUAUAGUAGAGAGAUGGAGAGUUUUGUAUCUCCCUAGUGGCUCGCUGGUACAGAGCCACCCAAUAUCCUUUCCCUUCCUUAAUACUUUCUAACCCUGU